CUCGUCCGCUUUUUGGCCAGCGAGUGCGUCUGCGACAGCGACGAGCAUACAUAGUCUUUAUUUUGCAAUACCGCGAUGCUGCUCGCCAGGCGAGCACAGCUUUCACUGCUGCGGGCCAAUACAAGGGCUCACCACAGCAUCACAGCUGGUGCCUGCAGCCGCACGCCUGCAGCACAUACGUCCGCAGCACGCCCGUCGCCGCGCAGCCUCACCACCGGUUCGCGAGCGUUCGCGCAGAAGCCAGCCCGAGCCUUCGCCACCGCAAGUGGCGACGACCGCACGAAGGAAAAGGAGCCGUCGCGCUGGGAGAAAUUACAACAACUCUUUCGGGAGCACGGCGUGGCCUUCGGCGCGCUGUACGUCGGCGCGAACGUCGUGACUUUCAUCCCCAUCUUCGGCGCAUUGACCAUUGGUGGUGUGGACGGCCCGGAGCUCAUCCUCUGGGCGGCGGACCAAUUGGAGAUCACUUAUGAUCUGUCCUUCAUCAAUACAAUCCACAAGGAUUUGGUGAACGCGUUCAUCGCGCUCGAGCUCAACGCGUGGGUCGAGCCGGUCCGGCUGCCGGCGGUCAUCGCGUACACGCCGCGGGCUUCUCGGUGGUUGAAGGCGCGGCGGGGUGGUGAGGUGCCUGUGGAGUCUGUGAAGGCUGAGCCGGAGCCUGUGAAGGCCACCGAGCCGGAGCCGGCGCCGGAGCCAGAAUCGGCGCCAAAGCCGGCGCGCAACAACCAAAAGCGGAGGCGUCGGAGGCGUGGGGGAUGAUGAUAGUAAUCUGUGUCUAUGUCCGUAUCGACGGGUUCGGUUUAUCUGCUGUAGUAAUCUUAGGCGGGGCGCCUCGCAGGAUAGCGUUCACU